GACGUGGCGAAGGCGGAGGAGUUCACCCAGCAGGGGCCCACGAAGCAGAAGGUGAUCAAGACGACGAUGCUCUCGGGAGAGGUUGUGGAGGAGAAAGUGUGGGAGGUCACUGGUGACGCCAUCAGCACCGAGCAGGGUAAGCCCAACACAUGGAGGUCGGCAUGA